CUGUACUCAGAAAGUUUGGCAAACUUGGUUACGUUGUCUUGAGGGCAGUAAACAAAAGGAACAUGUCACAUGCACCAACAGAAGAGCUCUGCUUCAAACCCCCAGAUGGUGGCUGGGGUUGGAUGGUUGUGAUUGGGGCUCAUAUUUCCAUUGGCUUUGCCUAUGCAACACCCAAAGCCCUAUCCAUUUUCUUCAAUGACAUCCAAUUAGACUUGCAAGCCAGCUACAGUGAUAUAGCAUGGAUAUCCUCAAUCAUGUUAGCAGCCAUGUAUGCUGGAGGACCAGUAAGCAGCGCGUUGGUCAAUCGCUAUGGAAGCCGAUCCAUAGUCAUACUUGGGGGCCUGAUGUGUGGGGUCUCCAUGGUAGCUGCUUCCUUUGGAAACUCCAUCAUUUACCUGUACUUAUGCAUUGGUGUCAUUGCAGGCUGCGGACUCGCUUUAAACUUGAAUGCAUCGCUCACCAUCAUCAGCAAGUACUUUUUGGCUAAGCGUCCUUUAGCCAACGGUUUAGCAAUGGCAGGGAGUCCUGUGUUUUUGUGCUUCUUGGCACCUCUUAAUCAAUAUCUACUGGACAAGUUUGGAUGGAGAGGAAGUCUCCUUAUCCUAGGGGCUCUGAUGCUCAACUGUUGUGUAGCUGGAGCCUUGAUGAGACCAGUUGUUUCCUGUAAUGUGUCAUUUCGUGCACCAGAAUUUAAGGUGGAGGAGCAGUCAAAUAAGGACAGCAUCAAGCAACGGAAACAAAAUUGUGUCAGUCGUGCUGUAGAUUGGUCAUUUUUCAAAGAUCGGGGCUUUCUAAUUUACCUCAUUGGGAACAUAAUGUUCAUUUUUGGUGCCUAUGCACCUAUUGUGUUCCUCUCAGCAUAUGCUGUCAGUCAGGGUGUUGACCAAUACUCAGCAGCAUAUCUGCUCUCCAUUAUGGGUUUUGUGGACAUGUUUGUUCGACCUGGCACCGGCCUGCUUGCCAACAGCAGGUGGAUCAGACCAAGAGUUCAGUACUUCUUCAGCUUCGCCAUGGUGUUCAAUGGAACAUGCCAUUUAUUAUGCCCACUAAUCAAAAGCUAUACAUUUUUAGUGGUCUAUGCCAUAUUUUUUGGUGUGGGUUUCGGCAUGGUUUUUGCCCUCAUAUUUGAAUGCCUGAUGGAUCUGAUGGGAAAUCAACGCUUUCCUAGUGCUGUUGGACUGGUCACCAUCAUUGAGUGCAUCCCAAUGCUGCUAGGCCCGCCUGCUGCAGGAUUACUGGUAGAUGUAUUUGGAGACUACAAGUACCUCUUCUUCUUGUGCGGCACAGUCAUUGUUACCGGUGGGAUCUUUCUUUUCAUCAUGAACAUUUACAACUAUCACAUGCUGGAAAAAGAAAGCAGCAGGCAACAAAAUCAAAAUAAUAUUGUAGGCCAGGACCAAGCCGAGGUGCUAAAAACACUUAAUCACAGUUUAUCUACAAAGCAGUCAGCUCUGCCAGAGUGUAAAGACGAAAGCGAGCCAACGCUGUCUUGAAAGAUGCAAUUAAUUACUAUUCAUUUCCUUCUGGUUUGCGUAUCCCUCAUGUGCAAGAGAUGUAUUUCACAUCCAGGGAGUUGCAGUAUUUGGCCAUUUAGUCAGACAAAUUAAAAUGCUUUUAUUCACACUAAUUAUUUUAUGAGCUGGCCUUGUUAGCGCUUCCGUGAAGCCAUGAUUGUAAUUAUGUUUACACUUAACAUAAGCUUGCCAAUAGGCAGCUAUAACAUCAUUGUUUACAUUCCUCAAUUUUUAAAACUCUGUUUUCAAUUAAUAGCAAUGUAGCCGUGUUUUAUCUUAAAUGAUUUUAUUUUAUCAGAAUAUUGACCCAAUAAAAUUACAAGACAGAGAUGGUAUGAAUGUCAGUCAGCAUAUGUUUCUGAGACAUUCCAUAUAAAUGUCAUACCUCAUUGCAGUAAACCUAUGAGAACCUCUAUUUUAUAUGAUCUUGUGACUUUGAAAGUGGUGCUUUAGUUGAAUAACUUGAAACAAUUAACAGGUCAAACAACAGUAUCUCUUUUAACAUUUCAGUAUGCUGUAUUGAUCUGAACUGGAUAUUUUUCAAACUUGUCAAAAGUUCUAACAGACCUACUGGCAAAUGGAUAAAAAUAAUUUGUCAGAAUGGGCCAAAUGUGUCAUGCAUCUUUCCUGAAGUCCUUUAAUCAAGAGAGACAACAACAAAACACCCCUUCCUUUGUUCUCACUUGAAAUUGUGCUUUCGAGAUCUUUUGCUGAACACAAGUAAUACAACUUUCCUAACACUGGUAAACUAAUCCAGCAUUUGCCAUUGAAGCUAUUUUGUUACUUGUUCAAGUCUUCAAAGCAUCUCAUUAAAACAGCAAUGACUGAAUGAUGGAUUACUAAUAUGACUUUGUAUUGUACUUGAGCUUCCAUCUACUUGACAAGGAAGUCAACAUUAGCAAACAAAUGGUGACUAUGUUAUUAAACACUGUCGUCCAAAUUGAUUUACAAGUUUAUUUUGUGCAUGACCUAUAGUGUCAGUCUCGCUUGGCUGGCACAGCAGUGUGCACAGAUGGUACACUUAACAUUACCGUCGAUAAUUGUCUGAUGUCCCUAUGACGACUGCAUAUGUUGCUUAAGCCUGGCUGAAGAUAGCAUAUCGUGUAGCUGUGUCAUUUGGGAUUUUAUUUUUGUUGUUGAUGACUAAUGGUACUUUUCCGAUCAUACAUUGGCCAAAUACAUUCCUCUGUGUUGUGCAGCUACUGUACGUUUUUACAAUAUUGCACUGAGCCAUUCACCUUUACUCUUUAGAACUUGAAUGUUUUAUCAGGCAUGUUCCUUAUAAGAAAAACUGUAGGUGACUUAUUACUAAGUCAGUCCCAUGUUAUCUAGUCAAACAUUUUUUUUUCCUGUUAGUGACCAGUCUACUGUAAGCCUACAGUGGUAUGAAAAAGUAUCUGAACCUUUUGGAAUUUCUCACAUUUCUGCAUAAAAUAUCCAUCAAAUGUGAUCUGAUCUUUGUCAAAAUCACAUAGAUGUUAAAACUGUCUGCUUUAACUAAAACCACCCAAACAUUUAUGGCGUUUUUCAUAUUUUAAUGAGGAUAGCAUGCAAACAAUGACAGAAAGAGGGAAAAAUAAGUACAAUAAGUGAACCUUCAGCCUCAGGACACUUAAAGAGCAAUUGAAAAAAAUGUGUCAGGUGUGCGCCCAAUCUGCCCACUAUAAAACACAAACCUGGUAAAAUUGUCUUGAUGAGAAGCAUUGUCUGAUGUGCUUCAUGGCUCGGUCAAAAGAGCUGUCUGAAAACCUGCAUUCAAGGAUUGUUGAUUUGUAUAAAGCUGGGAAAGGAUACAAAACCAUCCCUAUAAGUCUGGAUGCUCAUCAAUCGGCAGUCAGAGAGGUUGUCCACAAAUGGAGAGAGUUUUUGCACUGUUGCUUCUCUCCCAAGAAGUGGCCGUCCACCAAAAAUGACGUCAAGAGUUCAGCGCAGAAUACUCAGAGAGGUAAAAAAAGAACCCUAGAGUGUCUGCUAAAACCUUACAGAAAUCACUGGCACAGUCCAAUAUCUCAUGCACAUAUCAACUAUAUGUAAAACAAUGGCCAAGAAUGGUGUUCAUGGGAGGACUCCACGGAGGAAGCCACAUUGUUGCUAGUUUAAUGUUUGCAAAAAGACACUUGGACACUCUACAGAAGACAUCAACACCUUAUCCCUACCGUGAAGCAUGGUGGGGGGAGCAUCGUGAUUUUGGGCUGUUUUGCUGCCUCAGGUCCUGGACACCUUGCCAUCAAUAAUGGAAGAAUGAAUUCAAAAGUUUAUCAGGAUGUUUUGCAGGAAAACCUGAGGCCGUCUGUAAAACAGUUGAAGCUAAAAAGAGGAUGGAUACUGCAACAAGACAAUGAUCCAAAACACGGAAUUAAAUCAACUUCAUAAUGGUUUCAGAAGAACAUAAUACACGUUCUGGAGUGACCAAGUCAAAGCCAGACUUGGACCCGAUCGAGAUGCUGAGGCAUGACCUAAAGACAGCGAUUCAUACCAGACAUUCCAGGAAUCUGACUGAACUACAUCAGUUUUGCAGAGAAGAAUGGGCCAAGAUUAGUCCUGAUCGAUGUGCCAGACUGAUCUGCAGCUGCAGGACGCGUCUGGUUGGAGUUAUUGCUGCCAAAGGGUGGGGGGGUCACAAAAUAUUAAAUGUGAUGGUUCACUUACUUAUUUUAUCCCCUUCUGUCAUUGUUUGCAUACUAUCCUCAUUAAAAUAUCAAAACCUAUAAAGUUGUUUAGUUAAAGCAGACACUUUUUUUUCAUCUGUGUGAUUUUGACAAAGAUCAGAUC